AUGAGAACACCGGACAAAUCCCCUUUUCCGGGCAGAUUUAACCUCGCUUCUUUGCGUGUCUGGGGUCUGGGGCAAGAACUGAUUUUUGCCCUAACCUUGGUUCUGUCCAACCAUUCACGGGAGACGGUCGAUCAACUGGUCUGGACCGACAGUCUUGAUGUUCUGUCGAACAGCCUUUCCCCGGGUAUGCCCCAGACAUGCUGGGGAAGAGACCAAAAAAUGCAAACACCCAGUCUCAGCAUUCCUCGGAAGGCGUCAUCACCUCAUUCCAUUAUCAUCAUCACUCCCCCAAAUGUUAUCAUUGUGCCCCGUUCUUGUCUUGGACUUUUCUUGCCUUGA